AACGGCACGCGGUAUAGAGAUAAGAGCACAGUCUUCAAGGCUUUAAAGGGGAGAUGACGUCAUGAUUAUUUACAUUGCUCGAGCUAGUCGAAGCUGAAGCUCAGCCUCAGGCCUCAGUUCAGAGUAUCAUGGAGAGACAAAUCAGUUCAGAAGAUUGGGUAGCUAUCCAACCAGAUCCAUUCCAAACCUCUGAAGCUAAGACGUCACGUCUUUGUUUCAAGGUAGCAUGGAACGAACAGCUUCACAAGGUUGCCAUUGUCUGCCAUGAAGAGGAGCAACGAGUGAUACGAAGAACCCUCAAUGUUGGAGCUCCAGGGAAAAAAACAUGUACUCCUCAACCUGGUGACCCCAAGGGUAGACCUUCGCAGAACGGAACCAAAGAAGGUUGGACAACCCUCAUGUCCAUUCAAGAAUUGCAGUAUGCCCAUGAACAGAUGUGCCUUGUUAAACCUGAGCUUUCUGACUAUCCUCCAUCUUUACCCUUUGACCCCCGUGGCAUCUGGAGCUGGGUGUACAAUAUUGAUAUUCCUGAUGACUUAGACCAACAGCUGGUGAGAUACCUUGGAACCGCAACUGAAGUCGCCGGGAAGAAACUUGUGAUUGAUACCCUCUUCAACUCUCAUGUUGGUAUUGAGGGCUAUGUGGAGAGCUAUGGUAAAUUGAAGCAAGAUGCUUAUGAAGCUGACGUCGCCAAGUGGGAGGAGCAGCUUGCAACGUCGCACAAGAAGCACUCUUCAGUGAAGAAAAUGAAGGACAUGAUGGAUGUCUAUGAGAAGGAGGAUGGGAUUCUAAGUGACCUUGCAUCAGCUCAGGCUGAACUGUUCAAUCUCUACCUUCAACCUUAUCUAGACCUUAGGGAACUAGCUUUUGAUCAUUUACUGAAUUUACAAGAGAGACUGGAGGAUGAGUCUAUGAGUACGCAGGGAAGAGAAAGAUGUACCAUGGAGUACAGUGAAUGGCAGGAGCAUUAUGUGGAAUCAAUUGAUGCCAUCAACAAGCUGAGGAUAAACUAUUUUGAAGAGUGUAUGAAAACGACAAAAGCUGUCGUCACUCAGAUGGAAAUGGACAGUAAGAAAUUUGGCAAUGCAUCAUGGGAGAUGGGAGGAGAGGAGCGUCUAGCCAGCCUACAGCAGACUCUCUCACAAGACUCGCUACAGCUUCUUCAAGCAAAGAGAGAUAAAUACAAGCAUGAACUGGGCAAGAUUAAGCAAGAUCUGGCAUGUUUAGAUGAAGGUGCAGGAUUUCAACAGGAGUUUGAAAGGUUACAAAGAAAAGCCUUUGAUCUCCAGAUGAAACUCUUUGAUACACAGCUUAGUAUUCUACAAGAUCAGGAAUCUCAAUGCAGCAGACAACUCAAACAACUCCAAACAGAAAUCCAGGAAACGGAGGAUAACGUGAUGUUCUAUGAUGCUGUUGAGAAUAUGGAGGACCUGGAAUUAGACGUUGAUGCGGAGGAGGAGGGGCCAAUCAGAGAGGAGGAGAGUAGGACGUUGGAGGAGAAGUAUGCAAGGUCAAAGGUUUUGAGAGCAAGGCUUGCACGCAUCAACAAGAGGAAAGCUCAACUUAGAAAUAACAGGCAAAUUUGUAAGAACCAAAACAGUGAAAAAGGUGCCAGUAUUAGGAAGAAAGAGGAAGGCUAUGAGAUACAUCAUAAGAUCCAAAUGAAACGUGAACAACAUGCAGCGAGUGAACAGAAGAAAAAAGAUUUCUUCAAUACUGAGAGACAGAAGACACUAGAAAGAUUAAAGAAUUAUAAUAUGAAAUACCCAAGUCCAAAGAUGAUCAAGCCCCACCAAUGCAAUAAACAUAAAGAAGACAAAACCAAACCCAGAAGUAAAUCAUCAGUUUCUACAGAUUCCAGAAUGUCAAAAUCCAAACUUGGGUCACGAGUGAAAUCAUCCAAGCCGGGCUCCUCACCCACUGCUGCAAAGAACUCCCGAUCAAAGUCACCAGGAACUUCCAAAUAUGCACCCCCGCCUCCUCCUUGCCCCCCUCCUACCGGUCCUCCAGUGAAUGCUCCACCACCACCACCACCACCGCCUCCUCCACCACCACCCGUUGCUCCUGCCCCACCCCCACCACCACCACCACCACCAGGCUCACAGCUGGGUGUGGCUCCCAAGACAGGUGUUAAAGGUGUGAAGGUGAAGAGAGAGACUGCUCCUUCAUCCGGUAUUGAUUUAGGAAGUAUACUUACAGCAAGACAGAGACUUCAAAAGAGAACAGAUACUGACGGAGGUGCUGCACAUAAACCAAAUAAAGAUCCUAUGAUGGAUACAUUAAAUCUGAUUCGUCAGGGUGUGAAGCUUCGACAGGUCAAGGGUGAUGGUCAGUCUCAGAAACAGACCGCCUGGGAGAAUUCUGAUCUCUUCAAUGCAAUCAGUAAACUUAGAUCGCAAGUAGAAACCAUUGACACAUGUGACUCAGAUGAUGAAUUUCUUUAGGAGAAGACUUGCUAUAUAAUCUUGGUAUUCAUAAGCUGUUGGUAAGUUACAGCAACUUAAUGAAAGACUGGUGAUUCUUUCUUAGUAGCGACAUCAACACCAAUGUGAAUUUGGUGUGCAUAACAUGGUACCUCCAGAAAGGAUCACCAGUCAUUUGUGAAGUUGCUCGUAUGAACAGCUUCCUGAAACACUCACUAGGUAGAAGGAAUGCUUGAGUGCCAUCAGGGUAGCCAUUAGGCCUACAAAUGCUGAUGAUUAAUGUCAUUAAUAUUGUCCAUUUACAAGCUAUUGGCAGAAAGCUGACAAAUGCUGAUGAUUAAUGUCAUUAAUAUUGUCCAUUUACAAGCUAUUGGCAGAAAGCUGACAUGCUCAGAAACUUACUUAAGGGCCCUCUAAUCUCCAUUUGAACUUAAACCAUAAUCUAACGUUGUGGUUUUACUAUGGGAAGACAUGGAUAGCCGUGGGGGGCGUCGUGGUCUAGUGGAUAGACUCAACCCAGGUGAGGUAAAUGGGUACUGGCAUGAAGCAAUUCCUCAAAAAGCUGUGAACACCGGAAUAGGUAGAUAAGCUUAGCCGGGGUGAUAUAGCGCCUUGAGCAUCUAACAAGAUGGAUUUGUGCACUUUACUAAUCCUAUAUUAUUUGUAGCCAAAUGUGAUACAUCCCUAUAAAUAUAAAAUAAAAAAGGUAUCACAUUGGAUCUCAAAAUAUUAUAAGCUUUCUUGAAAUGAUGAAUGCAUUGCAAUAGUUCUCCCAAACAUUGAACCAUGGUUGAUCCAAGUAAACUCAAAAGAAGCAUUCAGUGUAAAUUAAAAUGUAUGACACUUAUUUUCCCCAAUAAUGUUUGCCCAAGGUUCGACCAUUACUGGAGUUCAGAGUGCUGACCAAUGGGAUCAUUCUAUACAUUUAAUUCUUUUUUUUUACAACCAAACCCUGAUGACCCUUGACUGUCCAGUAUUAUGCCCUGCAUUGAGGACUUGGUCAGCUUAAAUGGGGAUGGGUUUCUUAAUUCAAGAGUUCUUUUGUAAUUCUUCAACCACGUACAUCUGUAUCAGUCUGUGCAAGUUCUCUCUAAACUCUGAAUGAAAGGACACAAAAGAACCCUCAGAACAGGCCUAUUAUCCCACUCAGCUCAUCUGUACUGGGCUGCCCUUUAGUGACUUAGGACUAUGCUAGAUUAGCAGUGGUGGAUAGAUACAAUAACAUUUUGCUCAUCCCCUAAAUACUAUGAUGUGUAAUCUGGUAUCCUGUAUACGAUUGGAUAAUGCCCUCAUCUAAUAAUCUGGUUAUUACAAGACAUACACUGUACGUAUAUAAUUGCUUACAGAUUUCUUAUUACCCUGGUCUUCGGAUUCAAUCAGUCUUUCCUGCAUACAAUGUAUGCACAUCCUCCAUUCCCUCUGGAGUAUUCAAGUUAGUCGCGACUUUCUCAUCUAACCUGGUACCGAUUUUAUCACGUGGCAGGAGUGUGGAUUAACGCCUCGCAGUGGUGGGAUUUGAAAACAUGACCCUCUGAUUACAAGGCGAGAGCCAGAACCACUAUGCCAUGGCUCUUCCACCCAUUAUAUACUUAAAAUGCAACUUCUGGUCAAAAGGUGCAAGAGACAGUAUGACUAAAGAGGAUUAAUCCGGUUUUUUUUGGGUACUCCUGUUUUGUCUACUUUUAGUUUGGUUUCAUGGCCUAAUCUUAUUUCAUCUACAACCAGAUGCUCCUACCCAUUUAUUCUAAGUGCCAUUUAACAUGUGUACAAUUUUGUCUUAUUUCUAGUUAGGCCAUACCCAUUUCUUCUAAUAUCAGAAUGUUUAAACCCAUAUGAUUAGAUGAACUUUGGGUGAUAUUAACUUUAAUUUGACAAAGUGCAAAAUAGGUUUAUGUACUAAAUUAGACCAUCUAAGCAUUAGAAUAAUAACAGUUAUACAUUGUAUACAAAUAUACCAGGCUUAGAGUAAGUACAUGUAUAGUGGAAAUUAUUUGUCCGAUGAGGAUGAAUAAUUCCCUCUAUACUUUCGAAAUAAAGGCCUGGUAGAUUUUUUUUUAUCCUUCAUUUAAUAAGUUAGGACAACAGAUCUUGAUAAUGUAGUUCUUGUACAUGUAGUUCUUCUUUUUUUAAAUCUGAACAAAAAUAUAGAUAACACGCUGCACUGACUGACCUACUUUUCCUGAAUCUAUGAGCCCGUGAGAUUGCGUGAUCUGUGUCAAUGAUCUGUGACGUCAACGAUGUAAUAGUGCACUAUUCCAUCAGUGACCUCACAGAAUAGUAAUUUUUCUUCAGUGAGCGUUUCAUUGUCAGCAUCAUCGCAAAAUAGUGAGAAUACGGUUGGUCACAUGAUGCUCUUUAAACCAAUCAGCAUACAUGAUUUAAUUUAUGUGGGAUAUAAUGAGUAUUAGACCAAUUGAUGGAUGGACAAAACGGUAAAUAUAGCAAAUUUAUCAAGUGGGUUGAAUCAUUAGGUGUUACAUGAUCUCAGAAUUAGAAUAUCUGCUACAAUAACAACCACUUUUAAUUCCAACAGAGGUACUUUGAAGGAUCAACUACCAAGAUAAAAACCAUCUUAAACAGGUACUUUGGAUACUCAUAAGCAAUUAUUAUAGUGCAGUGUUUAUAAGGGCAUCAAGUAAUGAAUGGAAUUAAGUAUGACUGAUAAAUGGGAAUGAGAAAGUCCAUGGGGUGGGAUCUCAGGCUUACAGAAGUUUUCUGCAUGUUUGAAGUAUUUUCUUAUGUUAUAGGUAUUUGGUUAAUGUAAUCAGUUCUGUCUCCACAAAUUUUAAUAUCGUAAUUACAAUGAUAAUAGUUAUUAUACAGUCCUCUUCAGUGCGUCUUUCCACCCAAUCAGAUACUCGUAGCACUCACUCUUAAAGAUAUACAAUUAUAUCUACUUUCAAGGGUUUUCAUAUAUCACUUUUACUUACAACUUCAAUUACUUUACCCUCUUUUCCGAUUAGUCAUUUCUCUUUUCUUUAUAUUUGUUAUAAUGCAUUUUAUUGUAAUAAAUAUAUACUUUGAUGCUUAUUUUUUGUAAUCAUAAUAGCAAACUAUGGAGAGCGUAGUAAAUGCUGGUUAUUGUUAUUCUUUUUAAACCAUUGACAAAAUUUUGUAUGACAUCAUAUGUCAAUUCAUACCAGAAAAAUAAGCUCUAUCAGUUGUUUUUUAUCAACUUGGGGAAACCAAAGAAAAUUUGUAUACUAUCAGAAAGUUUGCAUAGCACUUUCUUGUUUCAAGCAAGCUUUUAAGAUUAUGCUUUGAUACAAAUUUAUUGAAGAAAGUUCAUGUUCUGUUCAAUUUACCCCGACAAGGUUUUAUUGUUGAUAAACUUAGGGGUAUAGAUAGAUAUAAUCCUUCAUUGUAAUUUCUUGUUUAUUGGUUUCUAGUGACUAACAAUUGAUAUAGGCAUGCACAACAAAUGAUAUUUUACUGCAAAUGGUUAAAACACAUUUUCAAGAAUGUAUUUUGAGGUAAGAUUAAAAUUUCUUCACAGAUAUAUGCCUCUGUUGGGGGGCUUCCAGUCUGAAUAUUUGUGUUAUUGAUAGGGGCAAAUUAUAAUUAUUUUAUCUUGAGGAUGUUAACCAGUAAUGUUCGUGCGCAUAUUUUACGCAAGAGCGUAAAUCUCUCCCCAAAGGUAGGGGGGACACGGGGCUGGAAAAUUUGACAACC